AUGAGCGAAUGCACCUUACGGGGCGCAGCGGACCGCAGGGAACUGGCGGCAUUGGAAGAAGAAAAGGAUAUGUGUCGUCCCGAGCAGAGUUCGAGGCGGCGGCAUUUGUUCGAAACGAAAGCAUGUGAUCUUACGUGCAGUAUGCUUUGCUAUGACGUGAGCAGACGAGACGUAAAGGACUCCCAGUUCUGCCAAGAGAAUGUAAGAAAACACUUUGUCAUGGCUAGCGCAAUAGCAAACUUUCUGUCUGCUAUAAUAAGACUAGGUAUGAGUCACCUCCAGAGAACUGGAAGCAUAACGCCCUAUGCAAGCAGUAUCAGCAGCAAUCAUCGUGGCUCAGGGCACGAGUCGCAUGACUCGCGCUUCUCAAUUGACGAUGAAUCUUUCCUUGAGGAUGAGUUACCGGUUGUACUGGCCGAUUUCGACGUCCAGGUGAUACAAAUCUGUGUGCUAAAGCCAAAGAGGUGGAUUGUAAAGUCAAAGAGUAAGUUCGAGAAGUCUCAAGAUCCUAAAGUCAAGGAAGAGCUUGAUAAUUACAGAAGGGAAUUAGAAUCUGUUCACACCCAGCUCAUACAAUGCAAGAACCCCAACCGUAAAUCAUGGGACGAGAUUGACAAAUACAACAAAUUUGUCUUUGGCAUAUACAAGAAGCCUCUUGAUAUCAUUGCGAAAUUACAGAAGAUUAAGACCAGAUAA